AAUGAGACUUCGCUGAAAUCCUAUUUUCACUUUAUGAUAGUUCCAAUUAUUUAUCCAAACAGAAAUAUAUCUGAGAAGAGAAGAAAAGAACUAUGGCAUCUUGUAAACUUUGUGGGGUUGAGAAACUUUCCAAUGAAUUUCCUCCUACCACUGCCUCAGAAAAAUGUGAUCAUCCUCCUCUUACAUGUCUGAGGUGUGUGGUAGAUUUUUGCAAGAAGAAGCACCAAUGCCCUCACCCGGGAUGUUCCAUUCCUGUCUCUCCUAACAGUCCUACAAUUCAGUGGUUCAAUGCUAUUCUUGAAGAAAUGUUUAGAGAAUAUGAAGCAACGUACACUCCACCAGCUCCUAAAACUUCUGGAAAAGAAAUAUUAAAUGUCACUGUUCUGAAUGGAGAUGCUGCACAAAUUCCUUACUCACCUUCUAUGACAUUAUCAGAAGUACAGAUUCAUAUCAAUAGCAAGCUGAAAAUUCCUGCUAAUAAGCAGAAGCUGUUAUAUGAAGAUAAGGAAGUUCAGAUAUUCAAACCAAGUGGUCAAUCCUGCACACUUUCAGACUACAAUAUUCCUCCUUAUGCUACACUUUACCUUGUGGUCCUGCUGUAUGCCAUUCCUGAGGCCUUUGAUCAUGUGGUGUUUGAUCUUUACUGGGGUUAUCCUACCUCUGGUCCUGAUUAUUUGGAUGCUUCAUGUCUUAUGUAUCAGAAUACACAGUUUUUGAAAUUAAUAGAUUUUCGCAAUCGUCAAGUCCAAGGAGUAACACACUCUGGAGAUGUGAUGGAUAGUAUAAAAAGAAUUGGUCAUCACACAAUACAUGUUUAUUUAAAACAACUCCCCAGUAAUGCCACUCAUUUAUUCUUCACCCUGAGUGCUUGGAACAGCCCUAACAUUUCAAGAUACCCUAAUCCUAGCCUGAAAUUUUAUGAAGCCAGCAAUAUACAAAAGAACCUCUGUAAAACAACCUUUACACACGCAGGGCAUUCCCAGGCCGUCAUAAUGUGCUCUGUCUCAAGAAACAGUCAAGGUAGAUGGGAGAUCUAUGAGAGUGGAAAGCUGAGUGCUGGCAAUGCAAUGAACUAUAGUCAAAUCCAAUGCACCAUCAGAAAUUUGAUCAAGACUGGUUAUUGAACUCACUAAUGAAUAUGUACAUUUGGAUAGUACAGCUGUACAAGUGUAAUCCCUUUAUGUGUCACUGCAGGUGUAAACAAGAGAUUCCUUUUUUU